AUGUUUUGUAAUUUAGAACAAUUUAAGCAUAUUUUCGAAACUUUAUUAUUUCAGACUGAUGAAGAUAGUGGUGUAGUUUUAUUUGAUUGUUCCGUAAGAUUAUACUGUUAUGCUGAUAUCGAUUCAAUGUGUGCUGCCGAAAUAUUGAAAAAAUUAUUUUUCCGAGAACACGUUAUUUGGACCUUAAAACCAAUAAGAACUUACGAUGACUUUGAUAGAAGAGAUUUUAAACCAAGUCCUGAUACGAAAUCGCUUGCCAGAGAGUUUGAUCUAACAGACAAUCCGCACGUAAAUAUUUAUGUGAUCGAUAGUCUCCACCCAGUAAAUUUGACAAAUCUUUAUGAUAGAAAUUCUAAUAUAUUUAUUGUAUAUGACGAAGAGUCAACGGAAUAUCCGGAAUAUAUAACAAAGGCUUUAAAGAAGGAAAGUGAAGAAGAGUUUCAAUAUAAUUCUGUUUUUACAGACGAUUUUGGACGUCCCAUAACAUUGGAUGAGGCAGACAAUAUCGAAACAGAACCUAAAAGGCGUUAUGGCACAUCAAUUGCGUUAAUGGCAUAUUUUCUUGCUUCAAAACUUAUGCUCAAGGAUAAUGACAUGUUAUGGCUGGCGAUAAUCGGUCACACAAGCUUAUAUAUAACCAAGAGACUCCCUUUAUUAGAUUAUAAAAAUCAUGUAGAUGCUGUAGAUGCGGAAAAAAUGUCAAGGGAAUAUUUUCCUGCCAUGGAUGUUGAAGUUGCGAAUCGCUUAGCUGAAAUGAUAAAUUCCGAAGGGCCAAAAUAUAAAUUUGACAUACCUUUAUAUGACGGGUGGGCGAAAUUCUAUGGUUAUAAACUUCCAACGUUCUCUGCAAGCGAUGCUGUCUAUGGGUUAAUAACCUUACUGAAAACUAAACCAUCUGCGUCAGUUGAAUUUGGAGUUGAAAUUCAGUGGGUAAAUGAUUUUAAUGGCAAAUUCGAGUGGCUAAAUAAUUUUCACACUGCUCUUGACGCCUUAGACAGUAAAAGCGGAUGGAUACUGUUAAAGGCAUCGAUUGAUCUAAGGAAAAAACUUCAACCGCUUAUUAUUAACGGCGGAGCAAGAGAUUAUUGUUUAUUUUUUUAA